GCUACAACAAAGUAAAUCAUACUGACCACGCCCUCUACGUCACCGCAGCGGAGCCUCGAACUCCUCAUAGUGCGAGACUUGACUUUCACAGGACGGUCCGAUCCCACGAGAGAGCACCUCCCGAAAGAAUGAGGCGUCCACAGAAAACCUGCGGAGCGCAUCAACUUCACUUAUAUUGACUAUUUGACUGACGACGGCUCUAUUUGGUACAGACUCCCACGGACUCAAGAUGGCCUUGCAAAACCAUUGCUACUACGACCGGGAGAUGCUCUUCUUCUACAGCAACAGCAACCAGACCAAAGAGGAUUGGGGCAACACGCAGCUCAUCCCGGUGCAGGCGGUGGGCUCUCUCUUCUGUAUCUUCAUCCUCCUGUCCAACCUCCUGGUCAUCGCCGCCGUCAUCACCAACCGCCGCUUCCAUUACCCCUUCUACUACCUGCUGGCCAACCUGGCCGCCUCCGACUUCCUGGCGGCCAUCGCCUACGUGUACCUCAUGUUCAACACGGGCCAGGCGUCCCGCAAGUUGACGGUCAACGGGUACUUCCUGCGCCAGGGGCUGCUGGACACCAGUCUGUCGGCGUCGCUGGCCAACCUGCUGGUGAUCGCGCUGGAGCGCUACAUCUCCGUCAUGAACUGCAAGGUGCACAGCAACCUGACCAAGCGGCGCGUGACCCUGCUCAUUGUGCUGGUGUGGGCCGUCUCCAUCACCAUGGGCGCCGUGCCCAGCCUGGGGUGGAACUGCGUCUGUCACCUGGAGAACUGCUCCCAGCUGGCGCCCAUCUUCAGCCGCAGCUAUCUGAUCUUCUGGUCCGUGUCCAACCUGGUGGCGUUCCUGGUCAUGGUGUCCGUCUACAUGCGGAUCUACGUGUACGUCAAGCGCAAGACGGCGGUGCUCAAGGUGCACACCAGCGGCUCCAUCAACCGCAAGCGCACGCCCAUCAAGCUGAUCAAGACGGUCAUGACCGUGCUGGGUGCCUUUGUGAUCUGCUGGACCCCAGGCCUUGUGGUUCUCUUGCUGGACGGCCUGAAUUGCGAGCAGUGCCAGGUGAUGAAGUUCAAGCGCUGGCUGCUGCUGCUGGCCGUGCUCAACUCGGUGAUGAACCCCUGCAUCUACUCCUACAAGGACGAGGAGAUGUGGGCCACCAUCAAGAACCUCCUCCACUGCGUGGGCAACGGCACGCGACGCCAAAGGUCGUCCAAGGCCAACUCCCGGCCGCUCAGCUCGGGCCAGGACACGGGCGUCAGCCAGCCGCCAUCGGAGGAGACCAAGGGAGAGGAGGAAGAGCAGGACAUCAUCAAGACUUGACCGUUUGUGUUGGAAGGAAAGUUGCCCCCCCCCCCCCCCCCCCCCUCUCUCUCUGCCUCAAAGGACCGCUGGACUGUCUGUGUGUCUAUGGGUGGAUUGAAACGGUUGUCUUGUAUUUGGUUGGGUAUUGUGGACUUGAGAUGCAAGUGGAACACGGCUCACUUCCCAAGGUGGUCCCAGGAGGCUUGUGUCUCAGAGGCUGUGUCUGCGCAUGGGGAACUCAAAGGGAGCCUCCCUUUUGUCUAAAGGAUGAUUUAUUUCAAAGCGAUGGUAAGUCAUAAACUAGUUGCAUCUUGUUGUUUUUUUUACAUAUUAAAUAUAACUCCUAUUCAUAUUUAACGUUUACUACAUUAAGCUGUUCUUAACCGCAUCCAAUUCGAUUGAAUUUAGAUUUGGUGAUAUUUUUGAAUAGUUGGAUUACAAUUGAGCAAAGAAAUGAUCUGGUUUCUUCGAUUACCAUUGAAAGACUCUUUUGUCACUGUUUGGAUGUAAGUGUAUGUGUGGCACCAUGACAACAUGAAGCCCUGUAAUGAAAUUACACAAUGGCCCUAUAACAAAGUGCAUCAGUUACGAAACAGGUACGAAUGCAUCCAUGGUGCAUUGGCAAUCUUCCAUUCAAUGAACCAGAGUGGUUCUUGUUAAAAUGCUCAGAGACAUGUAUCAUUACGUAUCAAUCAUCUGUGUGGCGCAAAGAGAAGUUAACGAUCAUGACCAACCAACCAAUCAUGUCUGGGAAAUGACCGACAUGAAAUCAUAAAAGGACCUCAAUCACAACAUCUAAACCUAAAGCAUGUUUGUACGUAUGGCCUAAAACUGGCAUCCUACAUUUCUGACCCUGUGCUAUUAAAUGUCCUUAUCCAGUUGUUGUAAGAACAUAAGCAUCCGACAUCUAAAAAAUCGGUCAAACAACCAAUGGGUGCGACACGACUCGAGAAAAAAUCUGCUGUUAUCAUCAAUGAGCCUUGGGGCCAUUAUGAUACGAGAUGCCGAUGGACUAUGUGGGGUUAAAGUCUUCAACCAACAUUGUAAUAUUACCUAUGACAUAUGUUACUGAUCGUAGUCUGUUAAAACCACUAUCUCCCUCUUGUAUAUUUGUCAAAACAAUACAGUCACAGUAAAAGCAUUAUUUUACUCGGCAAUUAUAAUAAGCUAUGUGACCUGGUAACUCAGUGUUGUAUUCAUUACGAUUUACAUUUUGAUGGUCUUAAAAUGCAUUGUAGUCAUCAUUAACCUAUUCUGCUUCAUCCAGUAUUUGCAAGUCCUCGUCUUCCUUCUGACUCGCAUCCACACACACAACUGAACCCACACCGCAUACCUGUUGGAAGCAAACCGGUUCCGGGGGAGAUUUUUUAAACACCACUCUUUCAGAUGUAUUUAGUGUGACGAAAUACUUGCUUUCCUGAAAGAAAAUGAUGUUGCAACACACACUGGAUUCCUGCUUUAAGGACAUGACUGAAGCCCAAGUGCCACGCCCAAGUGACCCUGGGGUGUGGGGGGGGGGGGGGGGGGGGGGGGGGGGGGGGAGAUGAGUAACUGGGGCCAAAUGAAGCUCUAUAAAAUACCCUGCUGUACAGUAUUUAUGCUAUUUUAACCACUCCUAGAACGAUAGGACUUCAUUAAAUGUUUUGUGACAACUGCUUGUCUGUUUUGAGUUUUCUGUCAGAGUUUAACGUGAUUAGAAAAGGUUAAAAGGAUGUGAAAGACUUGUGUCAUUUAUAGUUCAUUGGCUGAUAAAUUGUGCUUUUGUCUAAAGUGGAAGUACCAUACAUACUUGCAUCUUUAUGGUCUUACAAACAUGACCCCAAAUAAUAGAAUAACUGAAAAAGGCAAGGGACAAUGACUUAUAAUGUUUGGUCAUUGAAUAUGAUAACACAAUCUAUAAAGCAUGGCACGGCAAUAAAAUGGCCGAUGUACUUCCUUGUAA